AUGGCCGAUCCAGGCUCGGAUGCGACUGUUUCAAAGCCGCCCCCGGAAUCCGAUGUGCGCAAUCGAAAAGCGACGAGUACACCGUCAAAAACGCUUCUAGAGGCAAAAAAAGAUGAAGUGCGGCCAACUAGCGAUGAAAGUGAUAUGGACGCUUUGUUGCAAGAUGAAGAAAGCGAUGCUGGUCAGAAAAAACAAAACGAUGGAAUGGAAAAGAUGAUGAAAGUAAUACCGCAGGAUAAAGGAAGUCUUGGAGAAUUCGCUGAUUCUUUAUUAGAGUCUCUUCCUCCCAGAUGGAGAAAUUGGGUAGUCCGCGGUAUUUUCACAAUAUUGAUGGUUUCAUCGUUCUGUUUUAUUGUUAAUCGCGGAGCAACAUGGCUCACAUUUCUUGUGUUUUCGAUACAAUUCAAGUGUUUCCAUGAAAUUAUAAAAAUUGGACUCGCUGUGUAUCGAAUGUAUGAUUUCCCAUAUUUCCGUCUAUUGUCAUGGUAUUUCUUGGUAACCAGCAAUUACUUUUUCUUCGGUGAAAGUCUCAUCGAUUAUUUCCAAAUAUUGCUACGGAAGGAUAAUUUCCUCAACUGGCUUGUUGCCUAUCAUCGAAUGAUCUCUUUUUCUCUCUACUGUAUCGGAUUCGUUUCGUUUGUUCUGUCGUUGAAGAAAGGAUACUAUAUGCGACAGUUCUCGUUGUUUGCUUGGACUCACAUCACCCUUCUAUUGAUCGUCAGCCAAUCAUUCUUCAUAAUUCAAAACAUCUUCCAAGGCCUUAUUUGGUUUUUGGCUCCGGUUUCGAUGAUAAUAUGUUGCGAUGUAAUGUCGUACAUGUUUGGCUUCUUUUGGGGAAAAACUCCACUCAUCAAAUUGUCGCCGAAGAAAACAUGGGAAGGAUUUAUUGGCGGAGCAUUCUCAACUGUCGUGUUUGGAGUUUUGCUUUCUCUCCUCUUGUUCAAUCGUCCAUUCUUUGUAUGCCCAAUCGAAAGUUACCAACAGGAUAAUACCAACUGUACAAUUCCACCAUCGUUCCAACUUCAAGAAUAUGCGGUUCCCCGUCCAUUCUCAUUUCUUUACAAAAUUGUUCGAAAAGAUCCGGUCAUUCGGAUGUUCCCGUUCAUCUUCCAUAGUAUUGCAAUGAGUUUAUUCGCUUCGAUUCUGGGACCGUUCGGCGGGUUUUUCGCGAGCGGAUUCAAGCGAGCAUUCAAGAUCAAGGAUUUCGGCGAUGUGAUCCCCGGACAUGGUGGACUUAUGGAUCGUUUCGACUGCCAGCUUUUGAUGGGAACUUUUGUCAAUGUUUAUAUUCACACAUUCAUCAGAAUACCGAACCCGACGAAAUUGGUCCAACAGAUUCUUUGGCUCGACGCCAACGAUCAACUCAGCGUGUUUAAUAUGCUGAAGGAAGAGAUGACCAAAAAUGGAUUGUUGUAG